UUGGUCUGUGGUGGGAUCAGUCGUGAUUGUUGUGUGACGGAGGCAUGUUUGGUCGUUUUAAUUUGUCAUUAUUUUGAGAAUUAGCAUUGACUCCAUCAACCACUUACAAAAGACAUUGGUGUGCAACAAUUAUGUUAUGACGACGUUGUGGUCUAUACAAUAAAUUUGUGAAGUUUUGUUUAGCACAAUGGCUGGAACGGGUGGAACUUUUUUGCGACGAUUUCUACCGUCCAUCUUCGGGUGUCUGUUUCUAAUUUAUAUAGCGGAAUACAUUCCAACUGCUUCAGCCGAGGGUCAGUGCAUCUGGUAUGGAGUGUGCUCGAAAAAGUCUGAGUCAAAGCAGAAGAACUGCGCGUACAAUGGCCCGCCCAAACCUAUUCGAGAUGUUCGCGCUAUGGAAAUCCUUGAGAAGUAUUGCCCCGACAUCGCGGCCGAGGGUGUCUCCUGCUGCGACCUGGACCAGCUGGAAAACUUUAGUAAGGGCGUAACCGUGCCCCUAAGCAUGCUCGCCCGCUGUCCCUCGUGCAUAGACAACUUCCUCAAGCACUUGUGCGGCAUGACGUGCGGCCCCCGACAGAGCGAUUAUCUGCAGCCGAACAGCACAGAGCCAUAUAACGGAAAUCAAACGAGAAUUUUGGAGCUGAACUAUCAUCUUGGCGCCACGUAUAUGAAUACUACAUUCAAUUCCUGUAAAAGUGUACAAAUGCCGUCUACAAACCAGCUAGCACUGGAUAUAAUGUGCGGUCAAGCGGCAUACCUUUGUAACGCACAACGCUGGUUUUCCUACAUGGGCAAUGUGAAUUUGGGUCCAGUGCCUUUCCAGAUCAACUAUAUCAGCGGUGACGAACCUAACAACGCAUUCACGCCGUACAACCCACCAACUAGAUCUUGCAAAGUUGGGUUACCGGGUCAGCCGGGGUGCUCAUGUCUGGACUGUGAGGACGCGUGCCCCGCCCCCGCGCCCUCUCCGCCCCCGCCGCGCCCCUUCAGCUUCCACGGCGCAGACGGGUACGCUGUGGUGAUGGCGAUUGUGUUCGUUAUCUUCACUACACUGUUCCUCAGCGGCGUCUACUGCUGUAACGCUCAGGAGAACGUCGUCGGCGUUGCAUCGGAAAACAAUCAAGAGAUGGCCACCAACCCACCGCCCGUCGGUUGGGCGGGCGAUCAGGCCGAUAACACAGAAGAGGCGACGUUCUUCGAGAAACUUGGAGCCGAGACUGAGAGCAAGCUCGAAGACUUCUUCCAAUGGUGGGGCACAGCGAUGGCAUCGCGACCAUGGGUCGUUCUUUUCCUUGGUAUCUGUUUCGUGACGUCCCUCGGCGUGGGCGUAAAGUUUAUGAUAAUGACGACGAAUCCAGUUGAGCUUUGGGCGUCCCCAACCUCGCGGUCACGUCUCGAACGGGAAUACUUCGACUCUCACUUCGAGCCUUUCUACAGGACAGAGAUGUUGAUCAUAAGUUCCAAAGGCCUGCCCAACUUGGAGUACACCAUGGACGAUGGAACAGUGUGGGAGUUGGGGCCGGUGUUCAACAGGACCUUCCUGCACGACGUCCUCGACUUGCAGAAUAGAAUCCAAGCUUUAGUUGGUAACAGCACGUCGACGGCAGGGGAAACAAACAACACUCGUAUCGAGGACAUCUGCUUCGCCCCGCUGUCGUCGCCUUUUAUCGGACCGGUGACCUCGAAGCAAUGCGCCGUCCAGUCUGUGUGGGGCUGGUGGCAGAACGACCCCGAUCGCGUCACCGACGACGAAUAUUAUCUGGAGGAAGUCAUCAGCUGCUCACAGAACCCGUACGGCUGUCUGUCGGUCUGGGGCGGGCCCGUGCUGCCGGCCGUGGCGCUGGGUGGCUUCCUGGCGCCCGGAGAGUCUCUCAGCAAGGCCUCGCGCUUCCACCGCGCCAACGCGCUCAUCAUCACCAUCUUGGUCAACAAUAACCACGACAAGGAGAAGCUGAAACCGGCUCUAGAAUGGGAGGAGGCGUUCAUCAAGUUCAUGAAGAACUACACAGAGAAUGAGAUGCCAGAGUACAUGGACAUCGCGUACACGUCCGAGCGGUCGAUCGAGGACGAACUUGACCGAGGCUCCAAGUCCGACGUGCUGACCAUCCUCGUGUCAUACUUCAUCAUGUUCGCGUACAUCGCGAUAUCACUCGGCAGGUUCACCACGUGCUCGAGGCUGCUCAUCGACAGUAAAGUCACCCUCGGUUUAGGAGGCGUGCUGAUCGUGCUCGCAUCAGUGCUUUGUUCGAUGGGCAUAUUCGGCUACAUCGGCGUCCCCGCCACACUCAUCAUCAUGGAGGUGAUACCUUUCCUCGUGCUGGCUGUGGGCGUGGACAACAUCUUCAUCCUCGUGCAGACCGCGCAGCGAGACCCGCGCAGACCAGACGAGACCAUCGAGCAACACAUCGGCAGGACGCUGGGGCAAGUGGGCCCGUCAAUGUUCCUGACGUCGGUGUCGGAGUCCGUUUGCUUCCUUCUGGGCGCGCUCAGUGACAUGCCCGCAGUGCGUGCCUUCGCGCUGUACGCGGGCGCCGCAUUGCUCGUGGACUUCUUGCUGCAGGUCACGUGUUUCGUGGCGUUGUUCGCGCUUGACACGCGCCGCCAGAUCAACAACCGGUACGACGUGUUCUGCUGCGUGUCCGGCAGCAAGGUGAGCGACGCGCGCGAGACGGGCGACGGCGCGCUGUUCAACCUGUUCCGCUACGUGUACGUGCCGUUCCUGAUGAAGCGGGAGGUCCGCGCCUCCGUCAUGAUCAUAUUCUUCGCCUGGCUCUGCUCAUCGGUUGCCGUGGCCCCGCACAUAGACAUCGGAUUGGAUCAGGAACUCUCGAUGCCCCAGGACAGCUACCAGCUGAAGUACUUCCAGCACCUGAACCGGUAUCUGAACAUCGGGCCGCCGGUGUACUUCGUGGUGUCUUCGGAUAGGGACAGCCUCGACUACUCCGAUCGUGAUGUGCAGAACAUGGUCUGCGGCACGCGGUUCUGUAGGAACGACAGCGUUGCCAUGCAGCUAUAUUCUGCGUACCGGAAUCCCAAUGUAUCCUACAUCGGACAACCACCCAACGCGUGGCUGGACGACUUUUUCGACUGGGCCGAGGCGGACAACUGCUGCAAGAAGUUCCCCAGCAACGACUCCUUCUGUCCCAACUCAAAUAGCGUGCCACCGUGUGAAGAAUGCAACAUUACCCUCACGGGAGCUGAGAAGCGUCCCAACGCGGUGGACUUCAACCGCUACGUGCCGUACUUCCUGCAGGACAACCCCAGUAGCAACAGCGACGGCUGCGUCAAAGCCGGCCACGCGGCCUAUGGGCACGCGGUCAACUUCAAGAAGGCGAACGGGACCCAGAAACUGGUCGGCGCCACGUACUAUCAAGGUUACCACUCCGUGUUGAAGACAAGUCACGAUUACUAUUCGGCCCUGCGAGCUGCGCGGUCCAUAUCAGCUGAUAUAUCCGAGACUUUCAACCGCAACCUGCAAGCGAGCGGCAAGAAUGUGACAGUCAACGUGUUCCCAUACUCGAUAUUCUACGUGUUCUACGAGCAGUACCUCACGAUGUGGCCGGACACGCUGAAGUCUAUGGGAAUCUCGGUGCUGUCCAUCUUCUUUGUUACCUUUAUCCUCAUGGGCUUCGAUCUGUUCUCUGCGCUGGUCGUAGUGAUCACUAUUACGAUGAUCGUGGUAAACCUCGGAGGCCUCAUGUAUUGGUGGGGAAUCAGUCUUAACGCGGUGUCGUUAGUUAAUUUGGUGAUGGCGGUUGGUAUCGCGGUGGAGUUCUGCUCGCACCUGGUGCAUUCGUUCAGCGUGUCGGGCGGCAGUUCGCGCGUGGCUCGAGCGUCGCACGCGCUGUACACCAUGGGCUCGUCUGUGCUGUCGGGCAUCACGCUGACCAAGUUCGGCGGUAUCGUGGUGCUGGCCGCCGCCAACAGCCAGAUAUUCCAGGUGUUCUACUUCCGGAUGUACCUGGGAAUCGUGGUGCUGGGCGCCGCACACGGGCUCAUCUUCCUGCCCGUCAUGCUCAGUUAUAUCGGCAUAACCCGCCGUCGGGGACGCUGGCGAGUGGGAGGCAGCCACACCUACGGCAGUCUAGACUCAACGCCAGUGGAGCCCCAGGCCUCCAGCAGCGGCCUCGACCUCACCAACGAAAUGUAGUGCCCCACUAAACCUCGAUAUAUUCGCUUCCCGGGAUUUACAAUUUACAAUAGAUCGUACAAUCUGCAAUCAUAAUGACUCAUUACGAAAGUAAUUAGGUAAGUGUAUUGACGAAUUCGAUUAAGAAAUCAUUAUAUUGACAAUUUCUUCAUCACCAUCAUGAUAUCAACCCAUCAUCGGCCCUUAAAGGUCACAGGUCUCCUCAGAAUCAGCUGGGUUUAGGCCGUAGUCUACUUCGCUGGCCAAGAGGUUUCCUCACGAUGUUUUCUUUUACCAUUAUAGCAAGUGAUAUGGAAAUGUUUAAAUGAAAACAGCAUGUAACUCCGAAAAGUCAGAGGUUCGAGCUCGGUCACCCCGAAACGGAAGCCGAAGCCUUACCCAUUACGCUUUCACCUCUUGCCGCUAGUAGCAUUUAUAGAUAAUUUAAAUCCGCCAACCCCCAAAUAAAAAGCGUGGCGGAUCACAGAACUAAAUCCCUUUGCUAUUAGAGAGAUCAUUGCCCAGCAGUGGGUCACUAAUAGGUAAGUAUAAUGAGGACGCGUAUAAUGCAAGUUCUAGACUAGAGUGUUGUCAAGCUACGUGAUUGUCAAACUAGGUGAUUUAGAGCAGUUUCGCAGAACUCUGCACCGUCGCCUAAUACAGACAGACCCUGUAGGUGCUGUGGCGGAAGGUAUUCAGUCAGUGAGUCAUUAACUACAAUUAACAUGGCACUAGCCUCGAAUGACGUUUGUGCAAAGUACAGUACGUAUUUGAUGAAGUUAGUGCAAAAGACGAUAACAAUAAAAACAAGAGAAUAGCACUAAACAGUGCAACGACAUUUUAAUGGGUGUCGGGCUUGGAGCCAGGUGUGACGUUAAUUCUACCGGCUUGUAAAGCCUGACAA